CACCGUCCCGUCGCCGUUCGCUGUACUCGGCGGGCAGUUUGAAUUCGUUACCGGCACGCGCGUGUUCGAUACCCCUCACACCGUUUCUCGAUAAUAAUAUUAUACAUGUGAUGUUUGUGUACAACGAUUUAUGAUCUUUGGUUUGUAUUCUCGAUCCUCGUACGAUAUAACCCGUCUAAUUAGUUCAGUUUUACUGUCAGAUUUGGUGCGAUUGUGCGUAAUUUUUUUUUCCAAUUCUAUAUUCAAAGCUGCCGAGACUACUCAACGAGUCCGCUUCGCACGCGUUUGAUUCGCUAAUCAGGAUCUAAACAUGCCACCUGGCGUUGCAGUGGCUCAGAGUUCGAUUUCGUCGGGCUAUGCAGCUUGUUCAUUGAUCAACGUGGACAGACAAGAUCAACAGCAGACUCUCCGUGGUAAUUUUUCGGAAAAUAUGGAUUCACACAUGGGAAUUAGCAGCAGCAGUAGUAGCAGUAGCAGCAGCAGCAGUAGUAGCAGCAGCAGCAGUGCUAGCAGCGUAGAGAGUGCUGAACUUUCAGAUAAAGAUCAACUUCAAGUGCAAUCCUGUUACAAAGGCUUAAAAACACAGGUGUACGUGUGCGGAUCGAUGGCCAACUUGUACGUGCACAACUCGUCUCCGGAAAACAGCUGGGACCUGAAGUUCACCGGAAUCCCGGUCGUGCUGUACGACAGCGGAGAGACCCGGUCCAGGGACAAGCCCCGGAUCCAGAUACUUCUCGUGGAGCGCGGCACGUGCUUCGCCCUGUGGCGGGACACGAUCGACAACUUGACUUCGUACAAGGUGUCCAGCCAGGGGUUCCACACCAUGUGCUUGUCGACCGACCACACCCAGCUGAUCGGGUUGAGCUUCGACUGUUCGGAAGCCGCCCAGCAGCUGUGGUCGCACAUCGACCGGCUCACUUCCGACCCGGAGAACAUCCGGCUGUCGGGCCCCGGCAACCGGUCGAAGAGCUCCCGGAAACAGAAACACAGACCGGCCCCGGUCCGCCGGCUCCCCGACAAGUCGCACAUAUCGCAACCGUGCUGUUUCGAGCACAUCACCAACGUCGAGGUGUCCGACCGGUCCAGAUACUUGUCCCUGCAGAGUCUCGUGCCGACUCCGGGCAUGGUGUCGCUCGACGCUCCGUGACCGGGCAACGCGACAUGAGGACUCGCGGGACGGUUCCGGGAGACGAAGACGGCGGCAGCGGCGCACGUCAUAAUAUAUAAUUGUUAUUAAUAUAAUAUAUAAUAAUAUAGAAUAGAAGAUGGGAUCUCUGUACAUAUAUAGGUAUAGUCAGUUUAUUAUUUGUCGUUGUCGCGAAAUCCGGAAAACGUGUAAUGUAACGAUGAAGAGUCGACUGUAAUAUUAUAAAAACACAAACACUCGACGGGUGUGUGUCGUUCCAAUCGAAUCCUUUUACACUUAAUAUUCUUUAUCCUAUAUAGACCCUAUUAAAGUCCGCACUGGAAAACGUAUUACUCUGUAGAUAAUGUUAUGAUAAUACAAGGUAUUAACGAUUGUGAGUAUAGUAUUGUCGUAGUAGUUGUAGGAUGUCAUCGUUCGUGUCGAACGAACGGGAGAGUAAAACGUUAUAAUAUACCCACUACACGAUCCCGUAUACUAUAUAUAUAUAUACAUAAAUAAUGCUAAUAAUAUUAUAAUAUUUAAAGAUAUAUAUAUAUAUAUAGAAAUUCAAAUCGUGAUAUUAUGUUAAGCUUGAGAAUAGUUAUGUCGCCGACGGUAAAUUAUGCAUGUUUAUUGUUCAGUGAUUGUAAAACUGAUUGAUAGAAAUGUAUGUUUAUGGCAUAAACUACCUAGUUGUUGUAAAUAGCGAUGUUAAGAUAAUAUACUUGAACGAAAUUAUUUAAUUAUUAUGUAUUACGCCCAAAUAUAAUAUAUAAUGGAUGGUCAUUAAAUAAGACAUUUUACAAGCUUACAAAUUCUUGUACGCUCGUAUCCUUUAUUAUUAUUGCCUAUAUACAUAAUCAUAUUAAUAUCCCAUAACCACGUCGUAUAAGCUUGUGUAAACUCUCUAAGCAAUGUUUAUAUUAUGUUAUUACCUGUUAUGUAAUUGUAUUGAAUUUAUGACAAUAUUUUUCCUUAUACACUUCAUGCUUUUACUUUUAAUUUUAAUAGAAUAAGCAUUAAGUAUAUAUCCAUGUAAAAUUAUUACAAUGAAAUAUUGUUUUUUUUUUUUUUUAAUUUAUUAAUAAAUAUUAAGACUAAAAUAUGUAACUAUGAUUAAUACUUAUUACUUUUUAGUAUUUAAAUAUAAGUAAUAUAAUAUAAUCUGUUGUUAUACCUAAUAAUAUAAAUUUAUUUAUACUCACUAUGAAA